GUCAACUUGUACUUCCUCUUACUCGUAAUUCAAUGACCAGAAGACAUAAUGUCUUCAUACAUGACUCGGUGCUCCCAUAGACCGGAACUGGCGUUAGCACUCACCAGAACUCCCCGCAUCAUUGUGCAGAGGAACGGAACCAAGCAGCUGCCCAACCCUACUACUCCAACCCCCUUUCCCUAAACAAACCCAGCCAGUAGAGUCGGACAUAAUCACCAGAUCCCAAAAAUGGACUCUCUACCACCACCAACCCCAAUCCGCCUCGCCAUCCUGCUAACAGACGAGCCACUACCAAGCAUAGCCGCCAAACUAGGCGGGUUCGACAGCAUCUUCACCUCGCUGCUCCGCGCGGGAUGCGAGAGCCUCGACCCACCCCAACCCCUGACCUCCCAACUCACGCUGACCGCCCACAACGUGGUGGGUGCCGCUGCCGCCGGCGACGACGAGGCUUAUCCGGAUCCAGCCACCAUCGACGCCGUGCUGAUCACGGGGUCCAGAUACGCGGCCUACGCGGACGACGAAUGGAUCGUCCGCCUGACGUACUACACGCGCCGCCUGCUCGACGGGGGCCGUGUGCGUGUCAUUGGCGUGUGCUUUGGGCAUCAGAUCGUUGCCCGCGCGCUCGGUGCCCCGGUUGCGCGCUCGUCGGCUGGGUGGGAGUUGUCUGUGACUGAGUUGGAGCUCACUGAGGAGGGGAAGCGGGUGUUUGGGGUGAAUAGUUUGAAAAUCUACCAAACCCACCGCGACGCCAUCCUCGCCUACCCGCCCGGCGUCAUACCGCUAGCCCGCACCGAGCUGUGUCCAAAACAGGGCAUGUAUGUGCCCCGCCGGCUCAUCACCGUUCAGGGCCAUCCAGAAUUCUCUCAAUUCAUGAUGACCGAGAUGCUGCGUGUCCGCCACGCAGCCGGUACCAUACCGGACGGGGCCUUCGAGGAUGCCAUGAGGAGGGUAGCUGAUGAUCACGACGGGGUUGUUGUUGCGAGGGCGUUUUUGCGGUUCUUGAGGGAGUGACUUGGUGGGUGGCUGUGUGCUGCGCUACAUACAACUUAAAUAGGUGACCGAUUUCUUUGAGGCAGCAAAGCUGCUUGUAUGCAAAAAAAAGAAAAAGGAUGUGCAACUGCGAAUCGAACAUGUGGUCCCACAAUCUCCACAGCAGAGCUGCGCACGCGGAGGAAGUUAGACGAUCUCUCACAGCUCAACCACCAUGCCACGAAAAGUUUCGUGGGAAGUGUGCGGUUGCGGGGGGUGCUGGAA